AUGGAUAUUCCCAUCAUGUUUGAAGAAAGCGAUGUAGUAGAAGGCCAUCAUGACGGUCUAGUAAUUUCACUCCCAGUUGGAAACUGUAUGAUCAAGCGAAUCCUAGUUGACAACGGAAGCUCUGCAAACAUCAUCAUGCUUGAUACCGUGAAACAUAUGACCAUCGACGAGAAGAACAUCAUCAACAAGUCAACAAUGCUGGUAGGAUUCAGUGGGGAAACCAAGAAAACAAGUGGAGAGAUGACAUUAGCCACCUACUCAAAAGGAAUCAACUUACAAGUCAAGUUCCUGGUGAUCGGCACUUUGUCAUCAUACAAUAUGAUUCUAGGCAGACCAUGGAUACAUGAGAUGAAGGCCAUCCCUUCCACGUACCAUCAAGUUAUUAAAUUCCCUACCAGGUGGGGUAUUCAGGAAAUCAGAGGAGAUCCUAAAGAAGCCAAAGAAUGUUACAAGAUCGCACUAAAAGAAACAUCUGCAAAAAAGAGUUCAGCAUAG